AUGUUAAUAGAACUCUUGGCACUGUUGGCUGUUGUUCCGACUGGCUUACUAGCGUUUUAUAUUUGGCUCCUUCAAAGUAGAAAAGGUACCCUAGAAAUCACAACCACCGAAUGUGCAUAUGAUAAGAGUCGAUUUGGUCACAUAUUGAAUUGGGAUAAACAUUGCUUAUACAUUCAUGGUCGUCCAACUAUAAUAGUCAGUGGAGAAUUUCAUUAUUGGCGUCUGCCUGAUAAGUCUCGUUGGGAAAGCAUUUUGAAAAAAUAUUGUGCUGGUGGUUUCAAUUGUAUUCGUAUAUAUUUCCAUUGGGGUUUUCACAGUCCUGACGAAGGAGUUUAUAAAUUUGACGAUAACAGAGAUGUCGAAUAUUUGUUAAAUCUAUGCGAGAAAUUGAAUUUGUAUGUUUUAGCUGCUCCUGGUCCUUAUAUUUGCGCAGAAACACAAGCUGGUGGAUUUCCAAUUUGGUUGGUGGAGAAAGCUGAUAAAUUGCGUCAUGUAAAAUUUACCACAUUUAAACAAUAUGAUGAAAACUUUUCAGAGUAUCAGCGUGAAUGGUUUGAAAAUAUUUUACCUAUACUGGCAAAACACCAAAUAACUGAAAAAUCAAAUGGUUGUAUUAUAGCUUUACAAGUCGAGAAUGAGUUGUUCGAGUUGGUUAAAAUUAUUCCAUUUGGUUUACAUGACGAACUUCGGUUCUUAUGUAAAGUGGCAAGAAAUUGUGGUAUAAGUGUACCAUUGUUUACAAAUGAUGGUGAUGAAUCUGGUUCUUUUAUUGCCAAACCUGAACUUGAUGCUAAGCCUUCAACUCAUUUUUUUAAUCGAAGGACUUUUGGUUUAGAUCUUUAUGGUUUUGAUAAAUAUAUUGUAUUUGUGCCACCAAGCGCGCCUGUACCUUGGACAUUUUAUGAUGAACAGGAUCCAAGUAAAUGGAAACAAUGGGAUCCUAAGGAUUUUAUGAAUUCAAUUGAUAAACUUGAAAAAACAAUUCGAGGCUUUGGCUAUGAUGCUAAACUUCAAGGUGGUUGGUUUACAAGUUAUAAAUUAAAACAUACAUUUGAUGAUGUCUAUAAUUUUUAUGGUGAUUUUUUUACAAGACUUGUAUAUGAAUCCGUCCUUGCGCAAGGAUCUACUAUUGCUAGUAUUUAUAUGACAUAUGGUGGAACUAAUUGGGGAACUUUAGGAGAUGUUGACGGGUGCACCUCAUAUGAUUAUUCUGCAUGUAUUCGUGAAUAUGGUUACAUGUCAUCACGUUUACACAAUUUGCGUUUAACAAUAUUAUUUGUGCGGAGCUUUUCUGAUCUGUUCUCAAGGACUGUGCUAGUUACAAAACCUAAUGUUUCUACAUCAAAUAAAAACAUCAUUAAUCUUCAACGAAGAUCAGAAAACAACAAUGGUGGUGACGGAGCGUUAUUCACAUUUGUCCGAAAUUUUAAUAAAUCUUGUCAAACAAAAUUUCAAUUAACCAUAAAUUAUUUGAAAAAAUCAGCACAGCAACAAGAAGAAGAGCAACAGAAAGAAAUAAAAAUCAUCAUGCAAUGUUAUUGUCAAUAUAAAACUUCAUUUAUUGCAUUGGGAAAUUAUUUAACCAGAAUAGGUGUAAAACUGAUAUUCUCAACCCUGCCAAUUUAUUUAAGGAUUAAUAUUCCACAAAAUCAAAGUUAUCAAGACCGCGGCGAAGUUUGGAUUCUUCCUAGUUGCGAAGUUGGUGAAUUGGCCUUUGAUGGUGAGAUAGUAAUUGAUGGAGGAAACAUCGAACCAACAAUUAAAAAACUUGAAGGAAACUCAAUUAAUGUCCUUUCUUUUGAUGGAAAACAUGAUCAAUCACAUUCACCUUUAAUUGUUAGUUGGGGAACUCAGUAUGUUUAUUACGACAAAGAAAAUUUGACAAUUGAGACAGAGUAUGUGGAAGAAGAUGAUGAAAUCACAAUUUUAUCAUUUUCAAGAAUUCCAUCUGAAAAUAUUGUAACUGGUCAAAAUAAAAUUUUUCCACUACCGUUUAUUUUUAAAAAACAAUUAAAAGCAGGAGCAAAAAUCACCGUAAAAUUGGAUUUGAGGCCACAACUUUUCAAUUGGGGCACACGAUUAACAAAUUUCAAGGAAUUUCAGUGGCGACCUAUUAAAGAUUUUAAAUCAGAUGGAAACAUUUUGAAGAAUUUUUAUACUUCAGGACAUAUAUUGUAUAGUACACAAUUUCCUAAUACAAGUUAUUCUAACAGAAGCAAAGUAAAGCUUUCUAUAAACAUGAGACAUAGAUGUACAAUUUUUGUUAACGGUAAAUUUGUUGGAGGCCAUACAACAUAUUCUAAACAGUUUUUUUUCCCAGGUGCAAAGACCGGGCCUGAAUUAUUGACAUCUUUGGGUGGAAAAAAUUACGAGAUCACAUCUUAUUUGCACAAAUCAUCAUCAUCGCUCUCAGUAGUGUUUAACGAUGCAUAUAAUCCAAGGGGUGUAAUCUCAUCAUCGAUAUCAGGAUUAAAAUCUACAAAGAUUCAAUGGUAUAUUUGUGGAGUUGAUGUUAGGAAAUUGGGUAAUGCAUAUAUAACGAGUGGAAUUCCUGAUGAAUUUGUUGAUGAUGAGGAGGCUGAAUGGAAACCUCUUUAUGAUGGUGUAAGAUGGUGGAAUUUCAAGUUUACUCAUCCAAUUCAAAAAAAAUUCCAAAAUAUAAUUAAAGCACCUUUAAGAUUGGUAUUGUUUGGUCGAUUUACAAGUUAUAUUUACUUGAAUGGGGUGUUGAUUGGUAGAUAUUAUGGUAAUGGGGAUUGCUCACAACAAAAUUUUUAUUUGAUGGAUGGAUUAUUAAAUCAUUCUGAUGAUAAUUUCAUCGAAAAUAAGCAAAGUUUUACUCAUGAAGAUAGUAAUGAUGACGAAGGCCAACAAAAAGUUGUAAAGAAAAAUAAUUCUAGCAAUAAUAGUGGUUUUAAUGAAAUUACUCUGAUGGUUUAUUCAUGGGAAAAUGUCAAUCCUGAAAAUAUUAAAGUUGAAAUUAGGGGAUGGGAAAUUGAUAAAUAUUCAGGAAAUCUAAUUAAAAAUACUAAAGAUGUUGAUAACUUGCCUUGGAUUUUGCAUACAAAAUGA